AUGCGAUUGUUGUUUGCAGUUAUUGCUGUUCUAGCAUUGGUAUUGUUAUUCUGUGAGGGUGGAGAAGCAUGGUGGUGGAAUAGAAGAAGGUCCCCAUCUCCUGUCCAUUGUAGUGUGUCAGCAUGGACUUCUUGGAAUGGAUGCUCCAAGUCAUGUGGUGGAGGGCAAUCAGUUAGAACGAGAACAAUCACAAGAAACAGAGCGCAUGGGGGACAUGCUUGUCCUGCUCUGCGCCAAACUAAAGCUUGCAACACACAUAAAUGUCCUGUACCAUGUCUUUUUUCUGGAUGGGCUAGUUGGGGUACAUGUUCAAAAACAUGCGGUGCAGGUCAAACUCUUAGGACAAGGACCAUAACAAGACACCCUGCCCAUGGAGGUAGUGCCUGUCCCACUUUACGUGAAUCAAAAGCUUGCAAUAUUCGAACAUGUCCUGUUCCUUGUCUUGUUUCUGGAUGGGCUAGUUGGGGUACAUGUUCCAAGACAUGCGGUGCAGGUCAAACUAUUAGGACAAGGACCAUAACAAGACACCCUGCCCAUGGAGGUAGUGCCUGUCCCACUUUACGUGAAUCAAAAGCUUGCAAUAUUCGAACCUGUCCUGUUCCUUGUCUUGUUUCUGGAUGGGCUAGUUGGGGUACAUGUUCCGAGACAUGCGGUGCAGGUCAAACUAUUAGGACAAGGACCAUAACAAGACACCCUGCCCAUGGAGGUAGUGCCUGUCCCACUUUACGUGAAUCAAAAGCUUGCAAUAUUCGAACAUGUCCUGUUUCUUGUCUUGUUUCUAUUUGGACUGGUUGGGACACAUGUUCCAAGACAUGCGGUGAGGGUGAGACAAUCAGAACAAGGAACAUUACAAGACCCUCUGCUCAUGGAGGAGCGUCCUGUCCUGCUUUGCGCCAAGCAAAAGUUUGCGAUGUCAGAAAAUGCCCUGUACCAUGUCUGGUUUCUGAUUGGCAACAUUGGUCUGCAUGUUCCAAAUCCUGUGGUGUUGGUGUAGCAAUUAGAUCAAGGAACAUAACAAGACACCCCGCACAUGGAGCGCCUAGCUGCCCUGCUUUGCAACAAAACAAAACCUGCAAUCUUCGAACAUGUCCUGUGCCAUGUCUCAUUUCUGAUUGGACUGGUUGGGGAAUGUGUUCAAAGACAUGUGGUGCGGGUGAAUCUAUUAGGACAAGGAACAUUACCCAAAAUGCUGCUCAUGGAGCUCCAAGCUGUCCUGCUCUGCAACAAACAAAAGUUUGCAAUAUACGGAAGUGUCCGGUGCCUUGCAUUGUUUCUGAUUGGAAUGAUUGGUCUGCAUGUUCAAAAAGCUGUGGUGACGGUGAGUCGAUCAGGAUAAGGAAUAUUACCAGACACCCAGCACAUGGAGCACCUAGCUGCCCUGUUUUGCGCGAAUCAAACCCUUGCCAUAUUCGGCCAUGUCCUGUUGCUUGUGCAGUUUCUGGGUGGACUGCUUGGGAUGCAUGUUCCAAAACUUGCGACGAGGGUGUGUCAAAUAGAACGAGAAACAUCACAAUUCACCCUGCUCAUGGAGGGAGACCUUGCCCCAAUUUGCAACAAAGUAAACCUUGUCACAUCCGAAAGUGUCCUGUGCCUUGUCUAGUUUCUGAUUGGGAAAGCUGGUCUACAUGUUCUAAGCACUGUGGGGGUGGUCAUUCAAUUAGGACAAGAAACAUUAUAAGAUACCCUCUUUAUGGUGGACCUGGUUGUCCAGCUUUAAGUCAGAUAAAAACUUGCAAUACUCAAGCAUGUCCCAUGACAUGUUCUGUUUCUGAAUGGGCUCAUUGGAGCAGGUGCUCCAAGACUUGUGAUGGGGGUCAGUUGAUUAGGACAAGGAACAUCACUGUACACCCAGGUCAUGGGGUAGCUUCUUGCCCUGCUUUACGACAAACACAAAAUUGUAAUUCCCAAGCAUGCCCAGUGCCGGUGACAUGUCAAUGGAGCCCAUGGAGUGCAUGGUCGAGCUGUGAUCCUUGCUUUCCAGGAGGAAGGAGCAAAUUCAGAACUAUUACAACACCAGCAAUGUUCAAUGGGGCACAGUGUACUGGAUCGAGAGCUCUUGCAGAUUUUUCCUGUAAAACAACACACACUUGCAUAGAAAAAACUUGUCCAGCUGCCAUGUUUUCUUGCAUUGAUGGUCUUGGUUGUAUUUCUAAAACACUUCUCUGCAAUGGUGACAAUGACUGCACUGACCGCUCAGAUGAAAAACAUUGUUCUAAUGUCACCAUUCACCCACCUUGUGGGAAGGAAAAAUACACAGACAUUCCAAACAUUGAUAUCGCUGGAGCUGGGUUUAAUCUCAUAAAAGCGCAAGAAGAAGGCAUGAUCAUGGACAAUCGAAAAUAUGAUGGGCGAUGCUCAACCGUGAAAAGUGGUGACAUAGGAGAACGCUUUAGAAAACCAGCAAAUGUGCAAUUUUAUCGGUUUCAAGCACGAACACAUUCAUCCUUUUACGUAAAGUCCUAUCAAUCAGCAAAGGCCUACAUGAAAGAUUUACGAGCAUCCACUGCACGUAAACUUAGCGCUGGUGUCUCAUACACAGAUCCAUCUCUAGUUAGUGUAUCCAUGAAGGUUGGUAACUCCAACAGUCGCAAGUCAAGAUUAGCGGUUACUUUUGGAACAAACUUUGAUUCCAAGUUUUUUACAGUAUAUAGCACUGUACAAGUUGCACAAUUUAGAAUGGUUCGUCAUAAUCUUCUCCUUUCAUACGAGUUCCGACGACGAUUGAAGCAACUGCCAGAUGAUUUUGAUUACACGAAAUAUGCUCAAAUAAUUUCUGACUUUGGCACCCAUUUCUACUCAUGGGGCGUUCUGGGUGGUAGGUAUGAGUAUGUGUACCGGUAUUCCAAGAGAGAUCUACGUAGGUCAAGACUCACAGACCAUCAGCAAAAAUCUUGUUUGUCAACUGAAGCUGGCAUAUCUUUUCUCGGCUCUGGCGGCAGUAUUGGUUCAUCCAACUGUAAAACAAAUGGGCUGUCAAAAAAACAUGGAGGAAGUUUCACUCGAUCUGCUACCAAUGCUAUUUCUAAUGUGAUUGGUGGUAAAUCCGACAAAGCGGCUUCUCUAAGUUUUUUUUCUGGAAAAACACCGAACAAGUCAAAUUAUAAUGAAUGGGUUAAGACAGUUAAACACCAUCCUGCAAUAAUUGAUUAUAAGCUCUCUCCAAUAUCAUCAGCUGUACCACUUUCAAUGUUGGCGAUUAGAAAAAACUUAGAACGUGCUUUGGUUCUCUAUUUGAAGGAGUAUGACUACUCCAAGUGUAAGGGUAAAUGUGCCCAUGGUGCAACAGUGGUCGUGAAGGAUAAAGGAAAGCUCUGCCAGUGUCUUUGCCCUGCCAACUAUGGUGGCAUUGAUUGCCAUGUUCGUGCAUAAAGCAAUGUUUUUAUUGUUAUAUUUUUGUUCAUUAAGUGGUGAAAGAAAAAAAUGCAUUAAUCAGAAAGUAUUUAUUGCAAUCAUUUGCUUCGGGAUUAUAACAUUAACAAGAAAUAAAUAUACCAACAAAAUAAUAUACUUUUAUAAGCAAUGAGAACAAAAGUAGACAAAUGUUUAGCUAUUCAACUAGUAAUCGGGACACAGUGCAGCAAGCCAAAUUUUUUAUGGUGGUGUUCCAAUAAACUAUGGUGCCACCGCGCCUUUGCUUUUAAAUAACAAUAGGGUUUUCGUGCUGUUUCAUUAAAACUGGGCUCUGUAGUUACAUAUGUAUAGUAUCCAGUUCACAUUAAUAAGUCAUUUAAACUGGAUUUUACUUGCAUACAAAUCCAAUAUUUUAUAAGCUGCAUAUUUUUGUAAAAUAUUUUGGACGAAACGUUUUAAAAUCUUGUGCACAUUCAUUAAUGCUCCGCUCUCUUGAAAUUGACCACUUCUGCGUGGAGUCUAUUUCACGUGACCAAAAGAACUUUU